CCUAGAAACAGAAGCCAGAGUAAGAAGAAGGAAAUGGUGAGGAGGGAAGAGCGGUCAGGGUGAUAAUGAAAAUGGAGGCGCAAAAGCCUCUAGGCCGCAUGCAAGCAGAGGGAACACGGAGCGUCAGGAAAGACCCGCACAUCCUCCAGGCUGGGAGUAUCGGAGAAGUCCUUCAGAGGAUCCCAGGGGCACAGCUGGUUAAACAAGAACCUUGUGAGGGGGUAUUUCAGCAUUGGGAAACCCAAUGGCAGGAGUUUCUGAAGAUGGUAGAGUCCCCUCAGUCGCAUUGGGCGAUCCCACAGUUGCCAGAGGAGCCCAGGCCGUGGGAUGAUACAAAAGCCUUUUUGGUCUCCUUUGAGCAAGUGGCUGAAGCGUGCCGGUGGCCCAGGGAAGAGUGGGUGACCCGACUCCUGCCAGCCCUUGGCGGUGAAGCUGAGCAGGCCUUCGUUAGGCUGGACGCCAGGGACAGAGAGGACUAUGGGAAAGUGAAGGCGGCCAUCUUGCAAAGGGAUGCCUUGAGGAGGGAGAACCAGCGUCAGCACUUCAGGCGUUUCUGCUACCAGGAGGCCGAGGGGCCGAGAGGGGCUUACAGCCAGCUCCGGGAACUUUGCAACCAGUGGUUGAAGGUCGAGAGGCACUCCAAGGAGCAGAUCUUGGAGCUGCUGAUUCUGGAGCAGUUCCUGACUGUCCUGCCGCCGGAGAUCCAGAGCUGGGUGAGGGAACGCAGUCCGGAGACCUGUGCCCUGGCAGUGGCCCUGGCUGAGGAUUUCUUACAGAUGCAACAAGAGGCCAACAGGCAGGAGCAGCAGAUGCUGAUUCUCCUAGAGGAGGCAGACACCAAUUCCUUGGAGGUGGAGCGGGAGCCAUCUGUACCAGGAGAGAGAGAACCACAGCAGGAAGUCAAGCAGGAGUGUGACGGGAAUGGGAGGUUGCUAGACUACAUGGAGACGAGUGAGUGUGAUGAGGAGAACAGCAGCCAGCUUGAAAACUCUGAGGUGGCGGAGGUGGACGCGGCCUUCCAAAGGAGAGUGACAGAGGACGUUUCCCAGGACUGGGAAGCAGGGGAAACGUCUGAGGAUCAGCCCGGCUCAAAGAGACAGCAGUGGAACCACCCAAGGCAUCGGACAAUUCCAUGUGUUCCCGGUGUGUCCAAUAAGGCCCUCAGUGAAAGUCUAGUGUGGUACAAAGGCAAGGCCCGUGUUAUUCCUGAGGAAGGACUCAGGGAGGGCUUGGGACUACCCAAACAUAAAAGAGGCCAGGAGACGCCAUUUCAGUGCCCCGAGUGUGGGAAAAGCCUCAGUCGCAAAGACCAUCUUAUGAGACACCUGCGUAUCCACGUAGCGGAAAAACCCCACAAAUGCCCUUACUGUGGGAAAACGUUCCUUGAGAGGUCGGACCUGAUCAGGCACGAGAGAACCCACACAGGGGAGAGGCCGUAUAAAUGCUCUUUCUGUGAGAAAAGGUUCAGUCACAAAUGGCUGCUUAUAAAACAUGAACGGACCCACACGGGAUAGAGAACUCCACAGGUGUUUGAGGGGGUGGGGGAGAACCAAUACCAGCUAGUUUUAUCAUAAAAGAAAUGUAGCUCAGAAUGAAACUGGUGUAAAUGUUUAGUGUGUAGGAGGGGGUUUCGUCGGCUGGCCAGGCAUUUCUUACUGAGCAUCAGAGAAUCAUAAAUGAAGAUAAGCCCCAGACCUAAUGGGGUCAAACAACGUUAAACCAUGGUUUAGCGUUACACACAUGACAUUCCCCUUUCCUCCAUGCA